ACACCAUGCCAUACACAGUGCCUGCACACACCACAUUCCCCGUACAUCGCCUCUACACACCAUGCCCCAUACAGUGCCUGCACACACACCACAUUCCCCAUACAUCGCCUCUACACACCAUGCCCCAUACAGUGCCUGCACACACCACAUUCCCCAUACAUCGCCUCUACACACCAUGCCCCAUACAGUGUCUGCACACACAUCACAUUCCCCGUACAUCGCCUCUACACACCAUGCCCCAUACAGUGUCUGCACACACAUCACAUUCCCCGUACAUCGCCUCUACACACCAUGCCCCAUAC